AAAAACAAAAAAAACCAAAAGCAAAAAAACAAAAGCCAAAGCAAAAUAUUCAAAGUCACGCAAAAAAACAACAGGGAUGAGUUGAGUACGCAUCUCCAACACCCAAAACCAAAGAAAAGUAUCUUGUAAAGCACCUGAUCAUCCUCUUCUUAACAACUCUCUCCUUCACCUCUUCCUGAUCAGUUUUCACCAACAAUGGCCACAACCAUCUCUGCAUUUACCUUUCUCUUUGCUUUCUUCUUCAUUCAAGCAGUGCAUGGAGCUGCCAUUGGUGUCAACUAUGGCAGGCUAGCAAACAACCUCCCACCACCACCCCAAGUUGCCCGGUUCCUCGCCCAAACAACAACAAUAACUGGCGUGAAGCUCUUCGAUGCAGAUCCUUUCGUUCUCCAAGCUUUCGCCGGCACAAAUCUAUCUAUCAACCUUGCCAUACCAAAUGAACUAAUACCAAAACUAACCAACCUUUCAUUCGCUCAGCAUUGGGUCCAUGUCACAAUUCUCCCUCACAUUCAAGUAACAAACAUUACCCGUAUUCUUGUCGGCAAUGAGAUACUCUCCACUGCAAACAAGUCCCUCAUCAGAAGCCUUGUCCCUGCAAUGCAAAACAUACAUACUGCUCUCACAGGUGUUGAGCUGCACCACCGUAUCAAGGUCUCAUCAACACAUUCCCUUAGCAUUCUGUCCACCUCCACCCCACCUUCUACUGGACAAUUCCGAAAGGGAUAUGAUACACAAAUGAUCAAGCCAAUGCUGAGCUUCUUGAGAGCCACAAAUUCUACUUUCAUGGUUAAUGCAUAUCCUUUCUUUGGCUGCAAUGCUGACACUCUUGAUUAUGCUCUUUUCAGAGGAAACACUAGAGUGUUUGAUGAAAAUACAGGGCUGGUGUACAUGAACAUGCUAGACGGACAGCUUGAUGCAGUGUACUCUGCAAUGAAGCUGUUGGGAUUCACUGACAUCGAAAUUGUUAUAUCUGAGACAGGCUGGCCAUCCGUUGGAGAUGAAUCGGAGGCUGGAGUUGAUAUUGAGAGUGCCCGUGACUACAAUGCAAUGCUUCUUCAGCAUGUAACAUCUGGUGUUGGAACACCACUCAUGCCGAAUCGAACCUUUGAGACAUACAUCUUCUCACUUUUCAAUGAAGAUCUCAAGCCUGGGCCUAGAUCUGAGAGGAACUUUGGCCUGUUUCAUCCUGACAUGACUCCUGUUUACGACAUAGGAAUUCUUCGCUCAGAGGGAGAAUUACCUAUGCCUGUGCGCUCAACAGUGCCUCCAGAGGUUCCAGACCAAGGUCAAAUGAAGCAAUGGUGUAUUCCAAAGCUGAACGCUGACAUAAAGGCAUUGCAGGAGAACAUAGAUUUUGUCUGCAGCCAAGGCCUUGAUUGCAAUCCCAUACUACCAGGAGGAAUUUGCUUCUCACCAGACAUUACUCGAGCGCAUGCUGCGUAUGCCAUGAAUGAAUACUUCCAGGCAUUUGGGAGGAACUCCUAUAACUGUGACUUUGGCCAAACAGGAGAGAUCACCACCACAGACCCAAGUUAUGGAAGCUGCAAAUUCAAUUAAUAGGGAAGCAUUGCCAUAAAAAACAAAGCAAUUCAAGCAUCCAUCACUUGUUUUCCUUUGUAUUACUGUUGGUAAAUAGAAUGAUGUAUCACAGCAUUUCUAUUGGUGUCCUUUUGUAGAAACUCAGGUCGUUGUCCAUUUUCAGAAACUUGGGUUGUAAUGAUUUUUUGUUUACCUUAUUGUCAUUGUAAUUGAAACUUUUUUCUCAAACACACAAAUUUGUCAAGCAUGAUGCCUUAAGAUCAAAGAUUUCAGAAUCAUAGUUAUGCCUUGCUAGUUAAUUUGAUAAAUAAAAAUUUUGCAUAUAUAUUGUAUUGAAUCAAAUCUAAACAAUAUAUGUUUAAUUUGUGUUUAACAUAGUUUACAAACUCGAAGAUAUAAAGAUAUAAGCCAGAGUAUCACUCUAUCAAGUUAUGCAUUUGCGUCGAUUGAAGUCAAGAUACCAUGUAUUGGCUUG